CCUUGAAUCCUAGAAAAUUUAGGUGAAUAAGCAAAUUAGCCUUUUGCAAAUUUGCAUCUCUCCUCACAUCACAUUUCACAAUUCACAUGUCUUGAUGUCCUCCUCUCUCUCUAUAGUCUCUACCCUUUCCCUUUCUACUCACCUCCACCUUGUACCUUCUUUGAGUUGUUGCUGAAAUUCUGAUUGAACCCUCAAAAACCCAGAAAAGUAUUUCAUGAUAUACAAGUAUAAAACAAAACCCAUCAAUUAAAAUUGAUUCUUGUGGUAUUGUAUAAUAGUAUGAGCAGAAGGGUUCGUCGGAAAGUGGCAAAAAAGGGCAAAGAAAAGGUCCUUCUACCCAGCUACCCUGAGCUAAUCUCAGAUGAUUUCCCACAAAACAUAUCAUCAACAAACACAAGAUACAACGUUGUUGAUUGGACUACUCUACCAGAUGAUACCGUAAUCCAACUAUUCUCUCUCCUAAACUACAGAGACCGAGCUAGUUUAUCUUCAUGUUGUCGGACAUGGCGUAAUCUGGGUUCUACACCAUGUUUAUGGGAGUCUCUAGACCUCCGUGCACACCGUUGCGACGAAACAACGGCGGUUGCAUUAGCUUCAAGGUGUUUCAACCUUCGGCGCCUCCGAUUUCUAGGUGCGGAAUCAGCUGAUGCCAUUAUUUACUUAAGAGCAAAGAAUUUGAGCGAGAUUUCUGGUGAUUACUGCCGGAAAAUGACCGACGCAACUAUAUCUGUGAUUGCGGCGCGACAUGAGAUGCUAGAGUUUCUUCAAUUGGGGCCGGAUUUCUGUGAGAGAAUCACAAGUGAUGCGAUCCGAGCAGUUGCAAUUUGUUGUCCGAGGUUGAAGAGCUUAAGGUUGUCUGGGGUAAGAGAAAUUGACUCUGAUGCUAUAAAUGCUCUUGCUAAGAAUUGUAUUAAUUUGUGUGAUAUUGGUUUUAUGGAUUGUUUGAAAGUUGAUGAGACUGCUUUGGGUAAUAUGGGUUCACUUACAUAUCUUUCUGUUGCUGGGACUUCUAAUUUGAAGUGGGGUUUAGUGUCUCAUUUGUGGAGUAAGCUGCCUAAUUUGAUUGCCUUGGAUGUUUCAAGAACUGAUAUUGGUCCUACCGCCGUUUCGAGGAUGUUGUUGUCUUGUCAUAGUUUGAGAGUGUUGUGUGCACUUAAUUGUACAAAUGUGGAAGAAGAUGCUAACUUUCUUAUGAGUUCUAGUAAUGGGAGUAAAGGUAAGUUGUUGUUAUCCCUGCUUACUGAUAUAUCCAAAGGGGUAAGUUCUUUAUUCGUCGAUAAGUCAAUGGAAGGGAGGAAUGUGUUUUUGGAUUGGAGAGGUACUGAGAGGAAAGACAAGAAAUUGGAUGACAUUAUGACUUGGCUUGAAUGGGUUCUCUCGUAUUCGCUUUUGCGAAUUGCUGAGAGUAAUCCUCCAGGUUUGGAUAACUUUUGGGUCAGUCAGGGUGCUACAUUGUUGCUCAGUUUGAUGCAGAGUUCACAAGAGGAUGUUCAGGAAAGGGCAGCUACAGGGCUUGCUACUUUUGUGGUUAUUGAUGAUGAGAACACAAGCAUUGAUGGGCAACGAGCCGAAGCAGUUAUGAAGGGUGGGGGUGUGCAGCUUCUCCUUAGUCUUGCCAGCUCGUGGCGAGAAGGAUUGCAAGCAGAGUCUGCCAAGGCAAUAGCGAAUUUGUCCGUCAAUGCUAGUGUUGCGAAAGCUGUAGCUGAUGAAGGAGGCAUCACUAUCCUUGCAAAUUUAGCAAGGUCCAUGAACAGGCUGGUCGCCGAGGAGGCUGCUGGUGGACUAUGGAACAUAUCAGUUGGAGAAGAGCAUAAGGGUGCUAUAGCAGAGGCAGGAGGAGUAAAAGCUUUGGUUGAUCUAAUCUUCAAAUGGUCAACUGGUGGCGAUGGAGUUCUGGAACGAGCAGCUGGUGCUUUGGCUAACCUGGCAGCUGAUGACAAAUGUAGCAUGGAGGUUGCACUUGCUGGUGGUGUACAUGCAUUAGUGAUGCUGGCCCGUAACUGCAAGUUUGAGGGAGUGCAAGAGCAGGCUGCUCGAGCCUUGGCAAACUUGGCAGCUCAUGGAGAUAGCAACAGUAAUAAUUCAGCUGUAGGACAGGAGGCCGGUGCUCUGGAAGCCUUAGUACAGCUGACACAUUCUGCUCAUGAAGGCGUCAGGCAGGAGGCUGCUGGUGCAUUGUGGAACCUGUCAUUUGAUGAUCGUAAUCGGGAAGCAAUUGCUGCUGCUGGUGGCGUCGAGGCAUUGGUUGCUCUCGCACAGUCUUGCUCAAAUGCUUCUCCAGGUCUUCAGGAAAGGGCUGCCGGUGCUCUUUGGGGCCUAUCAGUGUCUGAGGCAAAUAGUAUUGCUAUCGGCCGCGAAGGAGGUGUGGCACCUCUUAUUGCAUUGGCACGUUCUGAAGCUGAAGAUGUUCAUGAGACAGCUGCUGGAGCUCUUUGGAACCUUGCCUUCAAUUCCGGAAAUGCACUGCGAAUUGUCGAAGAAGGUGGAGUCCCUGCCCUUGUUCAUCUCUGUUCUUCUUCAGUGUCAAAGAUGGCAAGGUUCAUGGCUGCAUUGGCAUUGGCAUAUAUGUUUGAUGGAAGAAUAGGUGAAGUUGCUUCAGCCGGAACUUCAUCAGAAGGCGUAUCAAAAUGUGUCAGUUUGGAUGGGGCUAGAAGGAUGGCGUUGAAACAUAUUGAAGCAUUUGUGCUCACGUUUUCUGAUCCGCAAGCAUUUGCAGCUGCUGCUGCUUCAUCAGCUCCUGCAGCAUUGGCGCAAGUAACAGAAGCAGCUCGAAUACAGGAAGCUGGGCAUCUUAGAUGCAGUGGAGCUGAAAUUGGGAGAUUUGUGGCCAUGUUGCGUAACCCGUCUUCAAUAUUAAAGGCUUGUGCUGCAUUUGCUCUUCUCCAGUUCACUAUACCAGGUGGCCGACAUGCUCUGCACCAUGCGAACCUCCUGCAAAAUGCAGGAGCACCGAGAGUCCUGCGUGCUGCAGCUGCAGCUGCAACUGCUCCCCUUGAAGCCAAAAUAUUUGCAAGAAUAGUUCUUCGCAACCUGGAACACCACCUGGUAGAAAUUUCAAUUUGAAGACCACAACAUUUUCAACCGUACCCAUUUAUUUGACUUACCUCUCUUAGAGCCUUCACACUGAUGUUCUUUACAAGGCUUCUCGACAUGGUGCUGUUAUCAAAGGACGAUCUUUUAGCACUACCAGAACGAUGGUAUAGGAGAAAGAUAACCAGAAAGGAACUUCAACCAACUGGUGAUGUCUCUCUCCUCUUCGAGGUCUUGGAGCCUGCAGUUUUUCUUCGAAAAUGUGUUACUUUACUGGUCAUAUGGUAGUCUGUGAAACAGAAUCAUUUUCCUGGAAGUGGGUUCAAAGAUGGCAUCUUUUCUGUCGGUCCCAGUGAGCAACUCGACGUUCUUUACUUUGUACUCAUUGUGACUAUGUUUCCAUAUGUUUGUUUCGGAAAAGUAAUUAUUGGAGUUGUCAAUAAGGGCACAUUUGCUCUGUGACUGCAACCUAUUCUUCAUUUAAUAUAAAUCCUUUGUCUAUA